AUGCCUCGCUUCUUCGAAAUUUCUGAUAAAUUCACAAAACUGGGAUGUGCCUGUGUUGCUAUUGUCAACCUCUUCCUGAUAUUUCUGACCAUGUUCCAUAUUAAAAGAAUUGUGGGAACAUACAAACUAAUGGUCACAUUAUUCGCGUUUAUGGAAAUAGCAUUCUCAGUGUGGGAACUGAUUACUCAUCCAUUUGUCCAUAAUUUUAACAGAGGGUGGAUAUUUUUCAGUCUAAAUUCAUACUUGGCAAAAUAUAAAGAGUUUCUUCAAAUUGCCUUGGCAGUUUAUGCAGCUUUUGUUGUUCUCAUUGAUUCAUUCAUUGCAGUUCAGUUUGUAUUUCGCUAUUAUACACUUUUCAAUACAAAUAUUGCAAACAAAUUCAAUGGUAGAGGUGCAAUUAUUUGGAUUUCGUAUCCGAUAAUAUGUGCUUCAAUUUAUGGGCUUGCUAUUUAUUUUUGCGGUUAUCCUGAUGAUUGUUCGGAUGAAUACACGAGUGAAGAAAUUUUGAAAAAGUAUGACUUGGCUAUAAAAGAACUUCCUCGUUUCUCAUCAAUCGCAUACUUUAAUAGUUAUUCAGUGGCUAACAGAAAUUUGCAACGGCAAUUCUUUCGGGCACUAGUUGUUCAAACUAUUGUUCCAACUAUUUUGUUUGCAUGCCCAGCGCUUUCAGUCUUAUUAAGCCCACUUUUGGAUAUCAAAAUGAAUUAUGAAACUGGAUGGACUUAUGCAGCUUUCAGUCUUUAUCCAACCAUUGAUAGCAUUGCUUUCAUGCUUCUUGUAUCAGAAUAUCUUUCAGAUCUCUUCAAACAAAUUUUCCCGGACAAGUCAUCUCGUAAAUCAGAAGCGUAUAGCACCGCAGCUUAA